UAGUAUUGUUCUGUGCACUGAAUUCAAUCGGCUCAAAUACAAAUAACAAUAACUGUCAUUGCCAGGCGGCAUCGUAUGUAUUUUUAUUUGGAAAAGAGAAUUAAUGAACGUUUUGUGAUCUAUCAGAAUUUGACGAGCCAUGAAGUAUAUCUUGGCAUUCCUGUUGUUAGCCACAAUAUAUAAUUCGUGUUUGGCAAUAUGGUGUUAUCAGUGUUCAUCUGCCACUCCUGGAUGCUCAGAACCCUUCAACUGGAGGGGUGUAGGGUAUUUAGGAAAUCCAUGUCCUGACAAUGAUGAUUAUUGUAUUAAAUUGAUUGAAAGGAAAGGAGCACAAACAGUAAUCACAAGGGAUUGUUUGAGCAACUUUCGAGCAUUCCGAACAGACAUUCCAGCUGAUACAUAUGAGGGUUGCAGACCCGCAGCAAAGGAUGUUAAUUUGGCAAAUUAUGUCAAUAACAGUAUUAAAGAACUUGACUUAAAAAGGGAUUGGUAUGACGAGACAAUGUGGUGUUUCUGUUUCCUCGACCAUCGAUGUAAUGGCGUGACAAAUGUUACAGCAUCAAUGGCGUUGCUAAUGCUUUCAAGUAUUGUGAUGCUGGUCACAAAUGUAUCAUUAUUUUGAUAUUUUCUCACUUUUCAAGUAAAAUUUGACACAUGACAAUAGGUAUAUUUCACCAAAUAUGAAUUGUAAUAUAAAUAAGUAUCUAUGUAUAUAUAUAUAUCAGAAUUGUAUAACAUGUUUCUAAUAUGCCUUAACAAUUUUACAAAUGAAAGAUUAUGUUUUUUUUUGGUAAAAUAUCUUUAUGUUUUAAAUCAUAACAAGGGCAUGAUAAUUCUAAUAGACUAGUAGAGAAUCUCAUUUUAUGAUUUAAUUAUAUUGAUACAAAUAUGUAUGUAGAUUAACUUGUACAUUUAGUAGUAAAGUAUAGUGUAACUAAAGUAUAACUAACUCUUUUAUCAAAGUGAAAUGAACUUAUUGUGCUUAUAUGUACAAUGUUUUAUCUUGUACUUUCAAGAUUG